AUGAUGAUGGAUAUCAAAGGAGCAGUUGGUGUUGGAGGAGGUAGAGUUGGUGUAGGUGAAGAAGAUAUGAGUGAUGGUAUGCAAUGUAGUAACCAUCCUUACAGAAACAACCUAGGUGGGAUCUGUGCCUUUUGUCUUCAAGAAAAGCUUGGCAAGCUUGUUUCUUCUUCUUUUCCUUUACCUAUACGGGGCUCUUCCUCUUCUUCUUCUUCUCCUUCUUUUAGAUCUGAUAUUGGUGUUGGUGGCUCUAGCAAUGGUGGUGCAGGUACUUCGCUUUCACUUGCUGCGCGUCCCACAACAACAAAAUGUAAAAAUGGUGGUGGAAAUAAUAGUAAUUAUCAAGAAUAUUACACAAAGAGAGCUAGGAUCUCUUUUCUUUUGGCCAAGAAGAAGAAGAAAAUCAUGGCAUCAUCAUCAUCAUCAUCAGAUCGUGAUAUUGUUUUAAAUAGAAGCAAAUCUACUACAACUCCUAGGAGAAGCCAUUUCUUGAAUGCGGCCGCUGAUGAUGGUGAGGGAUUUAGCCAAAGAAGAAGAGGGUUUUGGUCAUUUCUUUAUCUCUCUUCCUCCAAGCCUAGUACUUCGACUAAAAAAACAGAAAAAAUGUCUUCUUUGGCUGUAACUACAACAGCAGCAACAACAAAUGGGUCCAUGGUGAGGCCAAAAGAGAAGUUCUUGGGGUCCUCUUUGUCAAAGAAAGGUGACAAUAUUGUGGUAGUGGAGGAUGACGAUGAUAGUCCUAACAGCCAAGCAACUGCCUCUGCUUCCUCUUUUGAGAGAAAGGUGUCGAGAUCUAGAUCUGUUGGGUGUGGAAGCAGGAGCUUCUCUGGUGACUUCUUUGAGAGAAUCUCAACUGGGUUUGGUGAUUGCACUCUAAGGAGAGUGGAGUCCCAAAGGGAAGGCAAGCCAAAGGUCAAUGCUGGGACUUCUCACAUGAAAGAGAGGGUCAGGUGUGGAGGUAUCUUUGGUGGGUUUAUCGUAACCUCCUCUUCAUCUUCCUCCUCCUCAUCUUAUUGGGUUUCAUCAUCAGCUGAAGACAUGAAUGGGAAAUCAUCAGGAGCUGGACCUCUUGCUCAUGGAAGGAACAGGAGCUGGGGUUGGGCUUUUGCUAGCCCAAUGAGAGCUUUUGGCAGCAAACCUUCUUCAAAAGAUGGAAAAAGAGACAUCAAUAAGAACACUCCAAACUUGUCUGCCAUUCCUUCAUUGUUAGCUGUGAGAGGCUAA